GAGGAGGUGUGUCCCAACCCGCAGCCCGUAGCCGUGGUGGGGGGAAAUCUUCCCGCCAAAACCUGAGGCAAAACUGCCGUUGGAAGGAAGGGGGGAGGGAAGGAGGGAACUAUAGGCAGCGCUAAAAAAGAAGACUUGGGCCCGGCCGAGAGGGGGAGUGGCCAAGCCUGCGGCCCGCCCCGCAGCAGCGGUGGGCGGGGACUAACUUUGCCGCCUAACCAAUCGGCACACAGCUUGUCGAUUGCCGGUCGCCGAGGGAUUGGACCGUUCCCCGCGGAGAGGCGGGGCUGAGCCUUGUGAAGAGUUGCACCGCCUUCUGGGGGAGGGGCCAGUUUCAAGCAACUCCCCGAGGGGGGUUCGCCCCGCCCACUAGAGGGCGCUGAGAGGGGGGGGACCAUGAAGCUGGUGCGCCUGCUCUGUCGCCACAAGACCCUGCUGGGGGGGCUGUCCCUCUUUGGGAUGGUGCUGCUCUACCUGGCUAAGUGCACCUCGGAGGGCCUCAAGUCCUCCCCGGGGUGGGGGCUGCCCCACCAGCAGCAGCCCCCCGCCCGGGGAGGGGCCCUGGGUGGCCCUCACCCCCCUGCGGCGGCCCCUCCGCCCCCUCCGGAGGAGGCCACCUUCCUGGCCGUGCUGGUGGUCAGCGGCCCCAAGUACACCGAGCGGCGGAGCAUCAUCCGAAGCACCUGGCUCUCGGUGGCCGGACGCGUGCCCCGCAGCGACCUGUGGUGCCGCUUCGUGGUGGGCACCGGCGGGCUGACCGGAGAGGAGCUGCACAGCCUGGAGUUGGAGCAGAGCCGCCACCACGACCUCCUCCUCCUUCCCGACCUGCGGGAUUCCUACGAGAACCUGACGGCCAAAAUCUUGGCUAUGUACGUCUGGCUGGACCAGCACCUGGACUUCCGCUUCGUCCUGAAGGCCGACGACGACACCUUCGUCCGCCUGGACGUCCUGGCGGAAGAGCUGCGGUCCAAGGAGCCGCGUCGCCUCUACUGGGGCUUCUUUUCGGGCCGCGGGCGCGUGAAGUCAGGCGGCAAGUGGAAAGAAAACGCCUGGCUCCUGUGCGACUACUACCUGCCUUACGCCCUGGGCGGUGGCUACGUCAUCUCGUCCGACCUGGUGCGUUACCUGCGCCUGAGCCAAGACUAUCUCAACCUCUGGCAGAGCGAGGACGUCUCCUUGGGGGCCUGGCUGGCUCCCGUGGAUGUCAAGAGGAUUCACGACCCUCGCUUUGACACCGAGUACAAAUCACGCGGUUGCAACAAUAAGUACGUGGUGACGCAUAAGCAGAGUCUGGAGGACAUGCUGGAGAAGCAUCAGACUCUGGCCAAAGAAGGGAAGCUUUGCAAGGAGGAGGUGAAACUCCGACUCUCGUACGUGUACGACUGGAACGUGCCUCCUUCCCAAUGCUGCCAGAGGAAAGAUGGCAUACCCUGAAAUCCUUGGCCUGGAAGGGAGGAAGGGAAGCCGAACUAGGAGGGCGGGCUUCAAGGGACGGACAGGUGUCAUGUUCAAAUUUCUUCCCUGUGCAGAACUUUCACCCAGUAUGCCUAAUUGUACUUCAUCGGUUUUAAACUUUCAGAGUCAUCCUAUUUUCAUUUGACUUAACAAAAAGUUACAGAAGAACACAGAGCCUUCUGCGUUUCCCCAAAACUUAGGACCAUAAAUUAUACAUUCAUAAAGGGGACAGCGCUCUGUGAAAUGUUUAAAAAAACAGUGUUCCAAAACAACUGUGUUAAGUGACACAGCCAUUCUCCAUGACAAUACAUUUUGGGCAAAUGCCAGUACUGGCGACCGUUUCUUCCCUAUCCCUGACUUCAAAAGGAUGUAGAUUCUCCACCCCCAGCCCCCAAGGCUGUUGAUGCGUUAAAAGUGUCCCGUAUCAGGAUUCAGACAAGAACCCCAGUGGAAUUAUAUAUUCAGGUACUGCCAAUCAUUGUCGUUUCUGAACUGAAAUUGCGACUUCCGUCGGAGAUUCACACACUAACAUUUUUUUAAAAAAAUGGAACAUCCUGGGCUUGAUGCUUCUGUUUCACUUGGGAUAAUUUCUCGAAUGUCCGUUAUUACAACAUCUUCCACUUCCUGAUUGCUGUCGUCUGCUCUUUGAAUCAUCUUUUUCCCUUUACUCAAAAUGGGGAUGUUUUAAUCUAAGAACAACAUUUCAGGGUGAUCCACGUGAUCGGAUGCUGGAACUAUCAUUAUGACCUAUUGGAUGGCUGGGGAAGAUCAGCUGUUUUUAAGAGGUUGCUUAAUUGUUGAAGAAGACAGCUUCAUUUUGACUGAAAAAGCCACACUGCUUCGUCCCUGAGGGAAUUGGAUGUUUUUUUUUAAAUUGUGGCAGUUGCUUUUUUUCAAAUAUACUGUUGAUGAUUAAAACAGGAUCAUGUCCUUUUCUUAGGGACCAGUAUCAGAGCUAUAACUCUAGAUUAUGAUGAGCCGAAACGGGAGAUGGCUAAAUUGGAUGCCUUCCUUGAUCAAUUUCUUUAUUUGAAGAGAACUAUUUGAGAGCAAAUAGGUUGCAAAUAACAAUCUCAUUUGCACGCCCUGGUUCUUUGCAGCAGGCCUAGUUUUGACAAGUAGGGCUUAAUUUACCCAGAGUUUAUGUGUUGUCGCUGCCUUUCUGGUGAUGAUAGUGCAUAGCCUUCAGUCAAAAUCACCUCGAAAACCUUUAUUGUGGCCAUAGAUGCCCACAGUGUUAAAGAAUUCUGGACCAAAGGAUUUUUGGAAAGAUCUUAUUAUAGAUGGAUGGAAUUGUUUCUUUUUAGGGAUGAAUUGUGCCCAAUUGGAUGGAGGGACUCAUAAUUUUUAUAUUGUUGGGGGGGGGGGAUCCGUUAACCAUGUUUGUUUUUCCUGGCUCUAAAUAUUUACAUUUUUCCAUAGAUAUUUGAACUGUUUCCCCCAUGCCCCCCACCCCGGAAAGCUUAAAGGAACCUUAGGGCUUAAUCUGCUUUUCAUUCAGAAAGAAUUCAUGGCAGAGAAUCUGUGAUACAUAUCUAUUUAAUGUUAGAGAAAAUUAUGAUCCAAUCAUGCUUUAAGGAAAGAGUUGCUGAAUUACAUUUUUAUUUAUUUUUUCCAUGCCGGUUCUAUUGAGACUGACUGUAAUUUGCUUUGUCUGAGAUUACUUUAGGCCCAACAGUAGCUGAUACUUUGCUACGGGAGCAAAAUUAGUUUGUUUUAACGAUGGACUUUUGGCCAUGUUCGGCAGCUCAUCAGUUGUCCAAGCUUCCUUCCUUUGAGAAAUUAGUUACCAUAAACAACUGAAAAUAUUUGCUCCUUCCAAGGGGAGUUAGUAUUGUAUGUAAAAUUAUGUGCUUAUAAUUAUAGUGAUAAUUUAUUUAUAAAUACUGUAAAUGUCCUGUGUAUAGUUUCAGGCUUGAGGAAAAUGGUUGAAUGUCAUAGUAUAAUUUUAAUUUAUUAAAGGAAUGUGUUGGAA